UUCAAAGGCGGUCUAGGGGGUGGCUAACCUGGAAGGGCAUUUGAGAAAGGAACCAUUCCUUCUAUUAGAAUCUUUCAUUGAUCCCUCGUCAUCCUACUCACAUAGAGCUGAUUUUAGAGGAAGACGAACUCCUGGUUGAGAGUGCUACAUUUUGGGUGGGGCAUGUCUUCGGAGAUGUUGAGGCAACCGAAUAGGGCAGGGAGGUCUGAGGAACUUGUACUACAGAUGACAUAAAUAGCAAAGAAGACAUAGGUGACUCUAGGCCAUGGGUCAUGACUGGCCCCAUGAGUGAGUGCAGCUGGUCCUGAGAGGCAGCAGAUGCCCCUAGGUGCAGAAGAAGGCUGGAGCCCAAGCGGGGCGGUGGCCUAGAAUGCUCCUCGAAGCACUAUUUCCUCCUUGCCGCAAGAGGGCGCUGCGUCCAAGGCGCCUAGAGGAAGAAGUAAAGCAAGUCCACGUUGGCUCCGACGCCUGCGUACAGACACCCGCGUCGGCUUUGGCUCCUCUCUUUCUCUGCCAGAGGCACAGAUUGGACCCACGGGCGGGGCGUGAUGGUAGUCGGUACCGGAACCUCCUUGGCGCUGUCCUCCCUCCUAUCCCUGCUGCUCUUCGCUGGCAUGCAGAUAUACAGCCGCCAGCUGGCCUCCACCGAGUGGCUCACUAUUCAGGGGGGCCUGCUGGGCUCCGGCCUUUUCGUCUUCUCCCUGACUGCCUUCAAUAAUCUCGAGAAUCUGGUCUUUGGUAAAGGUUUCCAAGCAAAGAUCUUCCCAGAGAUCCUCCUCUGCUUGCUGUUGGCGCUCUUUGCAUCUGGCCUCAUCCACCGCGUCUGUGUCACCACCUGCUUCAUCUUCUCCAUGGUUGGCCUGUACUACAUCAACAAGAUCUCCUCCACUCUGUACCAGGCAACAGCGCCAGUCCUCACACCAGCCAAAGCCACGGGCAAGGGCAAGAAGAGAAACUAACCCCGAGUGACGAAUAAAGUUGAUUCUUUGUA